AUGUGGGCCCUCAGCUUACCCGGAGUCUACUCCUCCGUAGGUAUUAGAUCCUGCAAGCCAACUCCCUGGUACGAUCCGUUAUCCACACCUGCAUUUGUUGUGCUUGUUUCUGUGCAAUCACCGUUGAGCAGCAAAUGGGUCAGCUGCAGGCAGAACGUACACAACCUAGUCGUCCGUUUCAAUCCACUGGGGUUGUCUACUUUGGGCCAGUACCUCUACGCACUUGGAAAGAACGAGAACGCUGCCCAAGAGCUGAGGACCAUGUUUCGAGCCGCCUCCGAAUUCUAUAAGGAGUGCGCCGUCUCCCUGGCCAACGGCAGCACUAAAUGGUCGUUCAUUACUCCUGGAACUCCCUACUUCUGCGGCCUGUGGGAAGCAGGCGUCAAAGCGGUUAAAUACCACUUGACGCGUAUUAUCAGAGAUACCAGUUUCACCUACGAGGAGAUGGCGACACUUCUGGUGCAAAUAGAAGCUUGCCUCAGCUCGAGGCCCCUAUGUCUCAGCAACGACCCGAUGGACCUGCACGCUCUCACUCCCUGUCAUCUACUCAUGGGAGAACCGCCGGUGUACAUACCAAAGCCCUCCAGAGCAAACGUCGAUGUUGAUAGUCUGACAUCUCGCUGGACCCUAACCUCUGCUAUAAGGGACCAUUUCUGGAGGAGAUGGUCAUCGGAGUAUGUCCACCACCUACAACAACUCCGGAAGUAA